AUGUUCAGGGCUCGAAUUAACUUUUAUUUUUUUACUUGCCCUGUUCAAGGUGUGGCUGGAGCCGUCAUCAUUGCGUCGGAGUGGAGUUGCCGUAGCAGCCCUGACGGGGCGCAGGAGGAAGGUGGCGGCGAUGGAGAAGGACUUGGUGAUGGGGGAGACCGGGCUUUGGACGGUGACCCUGAGGGAGUUUGGAGUCCAGACAUUGAGCAGAGCUUUCAGGAAGCCCUGGCUAUUUACCCUCCCUGCGGCAGGAGGAAGAUUAUACUUUCAGAUGAGGGCAAGAUGUAUGGUCGAAAUGAGCUGAUAGCUCGCUAUAUUAAGCUACGAACAGGAAAAACACGCACGCGCAAACAGGUGUCUAGUCACAUUCAGGUUCUGGCCCGCAAGAGGGUGCGUGAAUACCAGGCGAGCAUCAAGGUCUCUAGUCACCUGCAAGUCUUGGCCAAACGAAAGUCUCGUGAGAUUCACUCUAAGCUGAAGGCCAUGAACUUGGACCAGGUUUCCAAAGACAAAGCACUACAGACAGUGGCCAACCUUUCAUCAGCUCAGAUUGUGUCUGCGAGUGUGAUGAAAAGCCAAGCUACUUUCCCUCCACCAGUCAGGUUUUGGCCCGGCCAUGUGCCAGGACAGCCUGGACAUUCUCAGGACAUCAAGCCCUUUGCACAACCACCAUACACAACACUAGCAGCUCCUGUUCCUGCUCCCAUCAACUAUGAGCCCCUGCCCCCCCCUCGCCCAGCAGCAAUCGCAGCGCCUGUGUGGCAGGACAGAACCAUUGCCUCAGCAAAACUACGGCUUCUGGAGUACUCUGCUUUUAUGGAGACUCAGAAAGACAGAGAGAUGUAUAAGCAUCUGUUUGUGCAUAUUGGCCCAUCCAACCCCAGCUACAGUGACCCCGUACUGGAGUCGAUAGACGUCAGGCAGAUUUACGACAAGUUCUCUGAGAAGAAAGGAGGCCUAAAGGAGCUUUAUGAGAAAGGGCCCCACAAUGCGUUCUUUCUUGUCAAGUUCUGGGCAGAUCUGAGUAGUGAUGUUGAAGAAGGCUCCAGUGCAUUCUAUGGUGUGAGUAGCCAAUACAGUGGAACGGACAACAUCACAAUCAGUGUGUCAACAAAGGUCUGCUCCUUUGGAAAACAAGUGGUGGAGAAGGUUGAGACGGAGUAUGCUCAUUUGGAGGGUGGGAAGUAUGUGUUCCGCAUCAAUCGUUCCCCUAUGUGUGAAUAUAUGAUCAACUUCAUCCACAAACUUAAACAUCUACCAGAGAAAUAUAUGAUGAACAGCGUGUUGGAGAACUUCACUAUACUACAGGUGGUGUCCAACAGAGAGACUCAGGAGACUCUGUUGUGUAUCGCUUUUGUGUUUGAAGUGUCCACCAGUGAACAUGGAGCACAAUACCACGUUUACCGACUAGUUAACGACUAG